UCCACACACCAACCGGAGAAACUAACUAAUACACAAUGGAUGGGGCAACAAACACAUUGGCUAUCUCAUGUGCUAUAGUAGUUAUACUAUGCACAUGGAAGAUGGUAAACAUCUUGUGGUUGAGACCAAAGAAGCUGGAGAAGUUCCUGAUGAAUCAAGGAUUGAAUGGAAACAAAUACAAGUUUUGGUUUGGGGACAUGAAAGAACUCGCUAUGGUAUCUAAACAGUCGAAAUCUAUGCAGAUCAAUAUUGAUGAUGGAACUGGAGUUCUAGCACACACUGGUGCUUUCAACCUUCAAUCUAUGCAAAAAUAUGGAAGAUGUUACAUCACAUGGAUGGGAUGGAACCCAAGAGUGACUAUUAUAGACCCAGACCUUAUCAAAGAUGUAUUAACAAAGCUCAAUGACUUUCGAAAGGGAAGAAGCAAUCCAUUCCUCAAAUUUAUAACAACAGGAGUAGUGACCAUGGAAGGAGAUCAGUGGGUUAAGCAUAGAAGAUUAAUUAACCCAGCUUUCCAUGUGGAAAAGUUAAAGAAUAUGGUACCAGCUUUCCAUUUGAGUUGUAGUGAAAUGCUUGGGAAGUGGGAGAACUUAGUAUCGUCGAACGGAUCAUGCGAGUUGGAUGUUUGGCCUCAUCUACAAGCUUUAACAAGUGACGUGAUAUCCAGAACCGCAUUUGGAAGUAGUUAUGAAGAAGGAAUUCGGAUAUUUGAACUCAUAAGAGAACAAAGUAAACUUGUAAUGGAGGCGCUGCGGUCACCUUACUUCCUCGGAUCAAGGUUUCUUCCAACAAAGAGGAACAGGAGGAUGAAAGCAAUAGAUAAAGAAGUAAAACUUUCUAUAAGACAUAUUAUUGACAACAGGCUCAAUGCAAUGAAGGCUGGAGAAGGAAGUAACAAUGAGGAUUUGUUAGGACUUAUGCUUGAAUCUAAUAUCAAGGAGGUUGACCAAUAUCAAAACAAGAAUCACGGAAUGACCAUUAAGGAAGUUAUCGAAGAGUGCAAACUUUUUUACUUUGCUGGACAAGAAACAACAGCUAGCUUGCUUGUAUGGACAAUGAUCUUAUUGAGUAGACAUCAAGACUGGCAGUCACGUGCUAGAGAAGAGGUUUUGAAUGUUAUCGGAGACAAAGAUAUCGAUGCAGAUAAGCUAAAUCAUCUGAAAGUUGUGAAUAUGAUCCUCUAUGAAGUAUUAAGACUAUAUCCUCCUGUUAUUGGGCUAUUCCGAAAGGUUGACAAGGAUAUCACACUAGGAGGAUUUUCGCUACCAUCAGGAAUUCAGAUUGGAUUGUCAUUCAUGCUAAUUCACUACGAUGAACAAUUUUGGGGUAGCGAUGCCAAGAAAUUUAAUCCUGACAGAUUUUCUGAAGGAAUCUCUAAGGCAACCAAAAACCAAGGCGCUUACUUUCCCUUUGGUUGGGGACCUCGAAUCUGCCUUGGACAAAACUUUGCAUUGCUAGAAGCUAAAAUUACCCUCGCAAUGAUCUUACAAAGGUUCUCUUUUGAAUUUUCACCAUCGUACGUCCAUGCUCCUAAUAUUAUUCUCACCCUUCAACCCAAAUAUGGCGCGCAUCUGAUUUUCCAUAAAAUCUAGUCAUAUCUCUUCUUAGAGGAUACCUAAAUUCGGGUUCUAUAAUACGUGGUAUGUAUUAGUAAAGUUACUUUAUCCAGAAAGACUUGUUCAAUGUAUGUUUACAUGUAGGAUAGGAACCUUACAGCAACAUCACAAACAUAUAUUACAAAAAGACUUUUUCAAAAUAAGGAAUUGAUAUGUACACAGGAUGUUAUCCAAUUUCUACAUAGCAAUUUGUGCUUCCACUGGGUUCUGCAUACUAACAUGAAUCAACGUGGGAAUACUAAAGUAUUCAAUAUCUUCUUGUAUCAAGGAGGACUACUCUGUUAUUUUCAUGAAUAGUGCUCUUGAUCCACUUGUU